GCUCGGGUUCGUGUCGGCGGUACCAUGGCCACUUCAACCGAGCGCCGCGCGUUCGCUCAGAAAAUUAACCGGACUGUGGCAUCUGAAGUCAGGAAGCAAGUAUCCAGCCAAUAUAGCAGCUCGCCGCAGCUGUCCAAGAAACGCAGCGGCUCCCAUCAGUUGGUUCCUCUUUCUGAAGUGGUAGAGCCUGUGGACUUUGAGGAAUACCUGACAACACAUCCCCCUGCUCCAGAACCAGGCCCACUCCGAGAUCUGCUCGAGUUUCCUGCAGACGAUAUUGAGGUAGUGUACGAGCCACGAGAAUGUCGAACUGUCGAGCCUGGAGUUCCAGAAGAAGUGGGAAUGGACCCUCGAGUAAGAGACGCUAUACAGAUCUACACCGAAGACUGGGUCAUUGUUCACAGAAAGUAUCAAAAGAUGAGCACUGCAUUUAAUGCCAACACACUGGAGAAGCAGCGUGAGAGACAACGGGGCCUGCCCAAGCAGAUCUUUGAGUCUGAUGAAGUUGUCGAUGACCGAGGGACCCAAGAUGAUCAGGAUGAAUUGAAGCGGAGGUCGGUGUCUCUAGAUGAUACUCCGAGGGGGAGUUGGGCUUCCAGUAUCUUUGACCUGAAGAACUCCACCGCCGAUUCACUCCUGCCAAGUCUUCUGGAUCGUACGGCCAUUGAAGAAGUGGACAAGCGCAAUGGGGAGCAGAGGAAAGAAAACCGACACCGGGAAAUGCUGGCACUCUUCCCGCCACCAGAUGAGGACGAAGCUGUAGAACGAUGCUCUCCUCCUGAAGUCCCAAAAGAACAUUUCGGGCAAAGAAUUCUUGUGAAGUGUUUGUCAUUGAAGUUUGAAAUUGAAAUUGAGCCUAUAUUUGGAGUUCUUGCCUUGUAUGAUGUGAAGGAAAAGAAGAAGAUUUCUGAAAACUUCUACUUUGAUUUGAAUUCUGACCAAAUGAAAGGCCUCCUCCGCCCUCAUAAUCCCCACGCUGCUAUCUCAACGUUAGCCAGGUCUACCAUCUUCUCUAUAACUUAUCCUUCUACUGACAUAUUCCUGGUAAUUAAGCUUGAGAAAGUUCUGCAGCAGGGUGACAUUGGGGAAUGUGCUGAACCCUACAUGGUUAUGAAGGAGUCUGAUUCCACCAAGCACAAGGAGAAGGUGGAAAAAUUGAAGAAUCAAGCAGAACAUUUCUGCAACAAAUUGGGCAAAUUCCGAAUGCCCUUUGCCUGGACUGCCAUCCACCUCAUGAACAUAGUGAACAGUGCCGGGAGCCUAGAACGUGAAUCCUCCGAUUCAGAAAGCGAGCGAAAGGGAACGUGGACAGACCGCAAAAAAAGGACAUUGGAAAGGAUGAGCCUUGGGGAUGAUGCCUGUAACUACACCAACUUUCGUCCAGCUACCCUGACCGUCACAAACUUCUUCAAACAGGAAGGGGACCGUUUAAGCGAUGAAGAUUUGUACAAGUUUCUGGCAGACAUGAGAAGACCCUCUUCUGUUCUGAGGAGACUACGCCCAGUGACAGCUCAACUAAAGAUUGAUAUAUCCCCUGCUCCUGAAAGUCCACACUACUGCCUCUCCCCUGAGCUGCUACAUGUCAAACCAUACCCAGAUCCUCGAGUCCGCCCCACUAAAGAGAUCCUGGAGUUUCCAGCGAGAGAGGUGUAUGUCCCAUACACUGCUUACAGGAAUCUGGUAUACGUCUACCCACAGAGUUUGAAUUUCAGCAGCCGUCAAGGGUCUGUGCGGAACAUUACAGUGAAAGUCCAGUUCAUGGCAGGAGAGGACUCCAAUAGUGCCAUGCCGGUUAUCUUUGGGAAGUCCAGCUGUGCUGAAUUUUCAAGAGAAGCAUAUUCUGCUGUGGUGUAUCACAACAAAUCUCCAGAGUUCUAUGAGGAAAUUAAAAUGAAAAUCCCAGCUAACCUGACAGAUAAUCAUCACCUGCUCUUCACCUUUUACCACAUCAGCUGCCAGCAGAAACCCAGUUCUUCACUGGAGACACCUGUGGGCUACACAUGGAUCCCUUUGAUGCAACACGGCCGCCUCCGAACAGGACAAUUCAGCCUUCCAGUGUCAGUGGACAAGCCACCUCCCAGUUACUCAGUCCUUACUCCUGAUGUCCAGCUGCCAGGUAUGAAGUGGGUCGACAACCACAAAGGAGUUUUUAAUGUGGAAGUAUUGGCAGCAUCAUCUGUCCAUACCCAGGACCAAUUUCUGGAUAAGUUUUUUACUCUAGUGCACGUUCUGGAAGAAUAUUCAUUCCCUUUUCGACUGAAGGACGUGAUCAUCACAGAAAAUAAUGUGGAGACAGAAUUGAAGGCCAGUAUAAACAACCUGCGGUCAGCGAAGAUGGAGCCACUUCUUCGAUUUGUCCACCAUGUCCUCAACAAGCUCAUCCUCCUAAUUGUGCGGCCUCCAGUCAUCAGCGGGCAAAUAGUAAAUCUGGGUCGAGCUGCUUUUGAAGCAAUGGCUCAGCUCGUCAAUCAAAUCCACAAAAACUUAGAAGGGAAUCAAGACCAACAUGGACACAACAACCUGCUGGCAUCCUAUAUAUAUUAUAUGUUUCAUCUUCCAGACACUGACCACUAUCCUCAGUUCCCUGGAUCAAGCAGUCCAUCAUAUGCAGGACCCAUUCAAUAUGCCACUUUGUCUCGUGCUGCUACCAGGCCAACCAGCCUAAACCUGUCUCGUUCAAAGAGCAUCAGCAACAGCAAUCCAGAUCUUGCCACAACGCCAACAACACCAGAUGAUGAGGUGAAAAAAAUCAUGGGUUGCAAAGGGAUCGAUCGUUCACACUCCUGGGUUAACUCUGCUUACGCUCCCGGUGGGCCAAAGGCUGUCUUGCGGAGAAACCAUCCCAAUUCAAGCUGUGAUCUCAAGCAGGCAACUGAGCGGAGUCCCAACCGCAUGUCCUCAUUUUUGGACGGCUUCACUCAUUCACAGCCCAGUCAGCCAAGAUUUUCAACAAAAAAGCUUCUCCAUGAGGAGCUGGCCUUACAAUGGGUCGUCAGCACCAGCAGCGUGCGGGAGGCAGCCUUGCAGCAGGCAUGGUUUUUCUUUCAGCUGAUGGUGAAAAGUAUGGGCCAUCAUCUCCAUCUUUCAGACAAGCUUGAGGCUCCACGGAAACUGAGAUUCCCGGAGAGAUUUGUGGAUGAUAUAACAGCUUUAGCCAGCAUGAUCACUGCAGACAUUGUCAGCAGGUUUCAGAAGGACGUUGAGUUGGUGGAGCGGCUCAAUACCAGCUUGGCAUUCUUCCUCAACGAUUUACUCUCCCUGAUGGAUCGAGGAUAUAUUUUCAGUCUCAUUCGCACAUACUACAAACAGGUCAGCAAUAAACUGCAGACAGCACAGAACCCAAAUGCCCUUAUUGCUCUACGGCUGGACUUCAUUCGCAUUAUCUGCAGCCACGAACACUACAUCACACUAAACCUCCCAUGCAGCACUUUGUCACCCCCUGCAUCCCCAUCCCCAUCAGUCUCCUCAGCUACCUCCCAGAGUUCAGGCUUUUCCACGCUCGUCCAGGAUCAGAAGAUAGCCAACAUGUUUGAGAUGUCGGUGCCUUUUCGACAGCAGCACUUUCUGGUGGGGUUGCUAUUGACUGAGCUAGCCUUGAUCCUAGAACCGGACGUUGAAGGCUUAUUCUUUCUACAUAAGAAGGCAAUUGGUGCAAUCCACAACCUGCUGUGCAGUCAUGACGCAGACCCUCGGUACACCGAUUGUGAAGUAAAAGCUCACGUUGCAAAGCUCUAUUUACCUCUAAUUGGCAUCGUGAUGGACACCCUGCCUCAGCUGUACGACUUCACAGAAAAUGGCAACCAGAAGGGACGUCUGACUGCUUCAAUGAUGGACGAAGUAGACAACGAGAACAGCAGCAUGAUCAGUCAGACCAUCGCCAUGGCAAUAGCGGGAUCACCAGUGCCCCAUCCAAACAGAAAUGCCCCUUUUCAGCUCCCUGUCUUGCCCAGCCGGCAGUAUGCCACACUGUCAGCUGAAUCAAGUCGCAUCCUCCUCAUCUGUUUCCUCUGGGUCCUGAAGAAUGCAGACGAAGAGAUCCUGCAGAAGUGGUUCACAGACCUUUCAGUGUUCCAGCUAAACCGUCUGCUAGACCUAUUGUACCUCUGCAUAUCGUGCUUCGAAUACAAGGGUAAGAAAGCUUUUGAACGGAUUAAUAGCCUAACAUUUAAGAAAUCUCAAGAUAUGAAAGCCCGGCUGGAAGAGGCCAUUCUUGGCACUGUAAGUGCUCGGCAAGAGAUGGUACGGCGCAGUCGAGAGAGGAGCCCAUAUGGAAGCCAAGAAAACGUUCGCUGGAGGAAGAACAUCACCCACUGGAGGCAGAAUGCUGAUAAGGUUGACAAGACAAAGUCUGAAAUGGAACAUGAUGCCUUGGUGGAUGGGAACCUGGUUACUGAAGCUAACCUCGUGAUUUUGGACAUACUUGAAAUCAUUGUGCAGACUGUCAUGGUGACAGAAUCUAAAGAAAGUGUGUUGACUGGAGUGUUGAAGGUCAUUUUACACAGCAUGGGCUGUAACCAGAGUGCCCUCUUCCUACAACACUGCUUUGCCACCCAGAGGGCACUUGUCUUUAAGUUUCCCGAAAUGCUGUUUGAGGAGGACACUGAGCUUUGUGCUGAUCUGUGUUUAAGACUCUUGCGUCACUGCAGCAGCAGCGUCGGAACCAUCCGAUCGCAUGCGAGUGCUUCACUCUACCUCCUGAUGAGGCAGAAUUUUGAGAUUGGCAAUAACUUUGCUCGAGUGAAAAUGCAAGUCACCAUGUCGCUGUCCUCACUGGUGGGAACUUCCCAAAACUUCAACGAAGAAUACCUUCGGCGCUCACUGAAAACAAUUCUGACAUAUGCAGAGGAAGACCUGGAGCUGCGAGAAACCACCUUUCCCGAGCAGGUACAAGACCUGGUGUUCAAUCUGCACAUGAUCCUCACAGACACAGUGAAGAUGAAGGAGCACCAGGAGGAUCCGGAAAUGUUGAUGGAUCUAAUGUACAGAAUUGCCAAAGGCUACCAGACGUCACCAGAUUUGCGCCUGACUUGGUUGCAGAAUAUGGCAGGGAAGCACUCGGAGCGGACUAACCAUGCUGAGGCAGCUCAAUGCCUGGUACACUCUGCGGCAUUGGUGGCAGAAUAUCUCAACAUGCUGGAAGACUGCCGGUACUUGCCGGUGGGUUGUGUCACUUUUCAGAAUAUAUCAUCAAACGUUCUUGAGGAAUCAGCUGUAUCGGAUGACGUUCUUUCUCCUGAUGAAGAAGGAAUUUGUGCUGGGAAAUAUUUCACAGAAGCUGGCCUGGUGGGAUUGCUGGAGCAGGCAGCAGCAUCCUUUACAAUGGCUGGGAUGUACGAAGCUGUGAAUGAAGUCUACAAGAUCCUGAUUCCAAUUCAUGAAGCCAACCGGGACAGUAAGAAACUGGCAACAAUCCAUGGAAAAUUGCAGGAUGCUUUCAACAAAAUUUCUAAUCAGAGUUCUGGCUGGGAGAGGAUGUUUGGGACUUAUUUCCGAGUGGGUUUCUAUGGUUGUAAAUUUGGAGACUUGGAUGAACAAGAAUUUGUCUAUAAGGAGCCCUCAAUCACCAAGCUGGCAGAGAUUUCAUACCGUCUUGAGGAGUUCUAUCGGGACCGGUUUGGGGAAGAGGCUGCUGAGAUUAUCAAAGAUUCUAAUCCAGUCGACAAAGCUAAACUGGAUCCUAACAAGGCAUACAUACAGAUCACAUACGUUGAACCAUUCUUUGACACCUAUGAAAUGAAAGACCGCAUCACCUACUUUGACAAAAAUUAUAACCUGCGCUGCUUCAUGUACUGCACGCCCUUUACAUUAGAUGGCCGUGCCCACGGAGACCUGCAUGAGCAGUACAAACGAAAGACGAUCCUCACAACUUCACAUGCCUUCCCCUAUAUCAAAACCAGGAUCAAUGUCAUUCACAAGGAAGAGAUUAUAUUAAUUCCAAUCGAAGUUGCAAUCGAGGACAUGCAAAAGAAGACCCAGGAGUUGGCUUUUGCCACACACCAGGAUCCAGCUGAUGCCAAGAUGUUGCAGAUGGUAUUGCAGGGAAGUGUGGGAACCACUGUCAACCAGGGGCCUUUGGAAGUGGCCCAAGUUUUCCUGGCAGACAUUCCAGAUGACCCCAAACUCUUCCGACAUCACAACAAGCUACGGCUCUGCUUCAAAGACUUCAUGAAGCGAUGUGAUGAUGCCUUGCGCAAGAACAAGACUCUGAUUGGAGCAGACCAGAAGGAAUACCACAGAGAGCUGGAGCGUAACUAUCACCGACUGAAAGAGUCUCUCCAGCCCAUGAUCAACAGGAAGAUUCCCCAGCUAUACAAGAACCUUAUACCCAAUACAAGUCACCGAAAUUCUUUCAGUAGAUCGAGCUUACGUAAAGUGGAAAUCUAAAGAGCUGAUGGAGGCUUUUUUUAAAAUGUUUGUUUUAUCUCUCGACGAUGAAGGACCUAGUAUGAAGGAUGAAUGUAGAAGGAUCAAGGCCAGAGGAUAGAGAGUUUCCUCUUUUUAAAGCCUCCUUUUCAGGACCCGUUCAACUUAAGGCAGUUGUCUACGGAAUCCAGACCGCACAUAACUGCAUCUUCAGCUUCACAAUCCUGUCACAGGAAACCAUUUUCAAAAUUAGAAUCAUAGUUCCACGUGAGUCUGGCUGAUUGAUUUGCGUGAGAUUUUCUUGUGUGGUCAUGACAUCAUUCCACGAUUGAUUUGACAUUUUAGUAGCCCGAGUAUUUAAAACAAAAUUGUCUUCAUGUCUUGUGUCUGCACCUAGACGCUGACAUAGGCUGUUGUCUAAUUUGAUGUCCUUUCCUUGUCCAAUGCACUUGUGCCCUGUACAGUAUUAUAUGGUGCACUCUCACACUAAAAAAGCCACCGGCAGCAACCAUAAAGGUUUGACCUACAGUAAGAUGUGAAGAGGUGGUCACUGAUCUCUCAGAAUUUUUUGUUUCCUUGUCGUGAAUGUAUCUUUUGAAAUUCAGGAAGGAUGCACUUUGGCACUGGUUAAGUUGGCAGCAUGAUACUUAACACAACCUCAGUCGACACUGUCACAAAAUCAAAUACCAAUAUCUUGAAAAACAAACUGGACCACUCUGGUGCCUACCAAUCGCUGCCUUAAGUCAUCCAAUAUCUGUUUUUAUAAUUUAUUACUGGAUUACUGUUUCCAUUGUGCACAUAUUUUGUGUAUUAAUGACAUUUUAAGAACCACUAAAUAAUCACCCUAUCAUUCCAAAUGUUAACUCCUUUUCAUUAAGUAUGAGUUGGAGUGGUUUAAUACAGCCUCUUGAAGAAUGACAUCAUUAAGUUAUUCCCUAAUGAAAGGUGUUGUUUCUUUCCUGCUCAGUUCUUGCACUGCUUUCCUCCUUUGGAGUUUGUUUUAAUGAUAUAAUUUAGUCGUUUGGAUGACAUAACGGCUAAUGUGGCACCAAGUGACACUAGAGAGAGUCUGACAUAUCAGUUCAGUCCUUCACUUUGCAACCUCAACUGACACAUGAAUCCAAUAGGCCCCCCUCCUUUUCAAAGAUCUGCUUGUUGGAAGGUAUGUGAUGGUGUCACCGCUUGUCAGACCAGCUGAUGAGGGGAAGUUGUGGCAAACCAAGCAGCAGCUUCAUUUAAAAGUAAAAGUUACUCCUAAAGGAAGAUAGAGAAUAUAUGGAGGUGCAAAACAUAUCUUAAGAGAUGGUUUUGUUUUUUUAGGAUCUUCUUUGCUUCUAUCUAAAUUGUCACUUCAAAAGGGGAAUGACCAAAUGCAGUGUUAGAGGUCUGAUCUGCAUUUAGUGAUGCAAACUCAAUGUUUAAAGUUUUUGAAGAAUAUUUUAAUCAAAAACGUCAUGGUCUUACAAUAACAAUUGUUUAAUGCUCAUGCCUGUGUUCAGGGGUUUAACUGACAAAAUAGGGACUCUAAAUAGAAUAUAAAAACAUUAGAUGGUUAAACUGGUGCCUGCAGUAACAUAUCACCUCACCUAAAUCCUUAGAGAAGCACCUCUGCUCAAAUGUAACUCCAAAUAAGAGCAUUGCUCUUUAUUAAAUCCAUUGCAAGUUUAACCAUUCAAUCCAUUACUAUAUUUUAUGACUGAAACCCUCUGGGCUAGGCAUCUUUUAUCACAUUAUUAUUGCUGUUAAAUGAUGUGUGCUUUGUAUGUCCGUAAUUGUCAUUAAGUUAAAAGCGAACAAAUUCCACUGCUCUCCCUUCCCCUCUUGACUUCAGUAUGUGUAAGGAAAGGUCCAGAAGUAGGUGAAUUCCCAGAUGUUUAUCUUUUACACCAGCUUCUUCCAUUACAUGCUGUGAUCAGAUUCAGGAUAGAGGCAGCUCCCUUUACAACCCCAUUUAAUGUUUGAUGCAGAUUAGGAGGCAGUGCUGGGUAAACCCACCAUCCUCCUGUUGACUCCAGAUUGCCUUUUGUUGUUGCUGUCAUGUGUUAUUUGAAAUCUAAUCCUGCUGUGUAAUUUCAAAAAUAGAUGAUUGUAGACUUUACUCUUUUUAUAUGAUUUAUUCUUAUUUAUUCAGAUUAUUUAAAGAUAUAAUGGGAUAUUUUACACAGAGCAUGUUUAUUUAAGAUUGAUUGGUUCUGACACACUUUAAAAAUUCCAAUGACCAGGGGUUUUAUUCAGCUAUUUGUUAGGCUGGGUUUUUUCUCUACUCCCAAAGAUUUACCAAACGUGUAGAGAGAUGUGUGUUCCAUAGCCCUAGCCUCCUGAAACAGGAGGGAAAGACUACGUGUGCUGUGUUCAGAACACCCAAGCAAUUAAGUUGAUGGCGGUAUUGUCAUUUGUACCUCUCCAAAACAUCAGCAAAUUACCACUUCUCCAGUGUAACUUCCCACCACAAAUGGUAGUGCACUGGUGAAGGAUAAGGAUUAUCAUUGUUGAUUCUGCUGUUCUCUCCACACACAACGCACACACACAAACUUGCAAAACGUGAUCAGACAUUUGUGGCCUGUAUUAGAGAGCCAUAAUGUGCUAAGGAGGGAGAAUUUAGAUCCAUAUCACUAGUGUUAAAGGUUAUAGAACAGCACCUUUUCAGAGCACAGUGGGAUUGGUACCAUUCUGCUUUGCUGAUUAAACUCUAGAAGAGAUUAGAGAGGGCCUGAAAUGUUGGAUUCUUCCGCAUUUCUUUUAUUGUGCAGGAAGUGGAUACAGAUCGGAUGUACCAUAGUAAUGGCUGCAUUGGUAUAUUUCUGAAAAAUUGGCAGUCCUGAGAUGCAACUAGUACUCAGUGACACUAAAUAUUAUCAAUUUGCUUUUUUUUAUUGUGUCUUUUAUAUUAGAUUUCCUUAUAUGUCAUUAACAUAUCAAAGUUACCAGCAAGACUGUCAUAAAUACAUCAUUGAUUGAUGCAACCACUCAAUCUUUGAAAUAAGAAAACUCUGUGAAUGCAUUUGCAGGUCAAUGAACAAGAGUGAUGUGCACUAAUAUGGCAUCUUUCACAUAAGGCUCAUUAGACACCUUAUUAUUGGGGGCAUUAUUCAAGACCUGGUAAUAAAUAGUGUAAAAGUUUUUCAGCGAAUUUCCGUCUGUUUUUGUUUUAGUUAGGAUACAGGCACAUGCAUACGUUAAAGUGCCUCUCGGUUGUAUACGCGUAUCUAUUCACUAUAUUAUCAACUAGUCAUGAAGGAGAAGACCCCCACUGAUUGAGAAUGCUAAAAGAAUAUGUUGCUGGACUGAGACUUCACCCUUAAUGCUCAUGAUUUAUUUUUAAUUGAAUGAAAGUUGCUUAUGGGAUGGAACUUUUUGUUUACAGCAGAUUUACUUAAUUCUGCACUGUUGAUAAUGCUGUUGUACCUUGGAACACAAGCACUCUCAGUCAAAAUGGAAUGAAGCUACGGGCCAUCUCCAAAGCACCAUCACUGGGAGUUCUCAGGUUCCAAUGUGUUACCCACCUAUCUUCAACCUGCUUUGCUCAGGUUGAUUUAUUGACUCUUUUUUCCCUAGACUACCUUUGCACUUUGUUUUGUUGUGGAAGGGGAGUGGGUUGGGAAUGGAUUCGAAAGGGUGAGGGGUGUUGCAUCAUGUCUUUGAAAUGAUUUUUUUUCUUUUCAACUUGUAAUAAUCUAUGUU